CGAGUAAUAUCGAAUUGCCUGUUAACGGUACCAGUCUACGGGUCUGCACAUAAACGAUCAGAUAUUUAAGUAAAUAUAUGUAAUGUGUAUUAUAAAAUUCUAAUGUAUGUAGUUUUUUUUUUUUUAUUUCAGUUAAUUUUAAUUAUUUCCUCUCAGUGGUACAGUUAAAAUCAAAAUGUUGGUGAAUAGAGAGUGUAUUUUUGUGUUAACAAUAAUUUUAUGUGUAUACUCAAUAGCAGAUGAAACAGCAAAAAAUGUGAAUAAAGUUGCAUCUGCUGAACCAGAUUCAACGAUAGCAACAAAGGAACAAAUAGCAGUUGAAGAUCAGACGACGGAAAAUGUAUUUGGAGUUACAACAGAAGCAUCGACGACCACUACAGAGAAAGUAACGAUAAAUUCAGUGGUUACAGGUUCGACAAAUCCCUUUACUGUUCCUGAAAGUAAUUCAAAUUAUGUAAUCAAUAAUAAAGAUCAUAAUACUGUUAUGACAAUAGCACCAGUUGGUGAAGUUCAAAAGCAGAAAUUAUCAGGUGCUGAUACCAAUAGAAAUGAUGGCGUUAGCAUCUUUAUGACGUUUGUUUUCGUUUUAAUGGCGGCAGUUUUGUUCGUGUUUGCUAUGUGGUCGUUUUACAAUCUGAGGCAAUUGUGGUGGCAAAGACAGAAAGUCAGGCAAGAUUGGGAGGUGAAUUAUAGAUUAAUUGACAGUGAGAUGACACGGAUGGAAUGACACUUGUUAUUAGGAGGGAUGGGCUAUAUCGGGAAUGGGUUGAUCCUGUCUCUUAAAAAAAUAAACAGCGUAGAUGUCAAUAUUCUAUCAUAUACUAACAUUGUUUAAUGAAAUAAAGUAAUUUUUAUUUUUACAUAAGACUAAAAAUCUUACCAUGCUAUAGAAUAUACAAGGACUAAGGAUUACCCCCAUUCAUGGUAAUGAAACAGCUGAUCAAUUAGCAAAAAUUGCCCAAGUAGGACUAGAACCUUACUGUGGUAUGCCUCGAAGCCUAAAGCUCAGAACUUCAAAGCUUAAAAACAGCAAAUAACAGGUGGUUCCUAUUGUCAGGAUUAAAUUACAUACUCUAAAUCUCUGAUUAAGAGGUUUUCUGAAAAUUAUUCUAAAAAUUCUUUUGAGUAAAAAUACUAUGUUUGUAUUAACAAGGGUUUUGACUGUAUACUGUUAAUUAAAUAAGUACAUGGCCCAACUAGGGUUAUGCCCAAAAUGUGUGUGUAGAUUUUGGCAAUGGGGAAGAAACGCCGCCGCACUUAAUUUGUGGCUGUAGCCCACACGAUAUAUGUCCUUUAAAAAAUACACUUUAUAUCCUGAAGAGAUAGAAAUUAACGCUACAAGAAACUUCUUAAAAUUCUUAUCACUGAUAGGUGUUAGCAGCGAACUUAAAAAAAAGGGCUACUACAUAAGAUAAUAUCGCUUUGACCGAAGAAGGCUUCACUGUAUAUUUCUUAUAAUGUUGUGAUGAUUAUAUGUAAAUAUUAAAGAACGUUAC